GCGCCCUUGUUCUGGUUCCUUACCGGUGAGAAUCUUGAGGUUUUCGAUGCUCUGAGAUCCGGUUCCGGGAGCUUGUUUGAUCCCAGUGCUCUUGCUGCUGUUGGGCUAUCCUGUGUGUUUGGAUUGGCGAUUAGUUUCUUUGGCUUUGCGGCAAGGAAGGCCGUUUCCGCCACGGCGUUUACUGUCACUGGCGUUGUGAACAAGUUUCUCACUGUGGCUAUCAAUGUGCUCAUUUGGGACAAGCACGCCAGCCCCUUCGGAUUGCUUUGUUUGCUAUUCACCAUUGUUGGUGGGGUUCUUUAUCAGCAGUCAGUUACAGGGCCUGCCCCGGUGCAGCGUGAUACAAUGGUGGAUGUUGAGAAGAAUACUGGUGAUUAUGAUGAUGAUGGUCAUGAUUUGGAAGCCGAGAGACUAUUAAAGGCUGAACUGAAUGUUAAGGAUAGUACGACGAGAGAACAAGAAGAUCUUGAAGUUGUGCGAUCGAAAACUUAGACUACUGUUAAGGACACAUGUUUACAAUGGCUACAGAACUUGGUUAGAACUUAGAAGUUAGAAGGAUGAAGAUAUCAAAGGAAAAGGAUAGUUGGGAGAAUGAAGACAUCUGAUGAGUUUCAGUCUCCCUUAUUUAUUGGUUUAAAACAAGUGUUAUAAUCGCGUCAUGCACGGAGAUUAUUUUAUAAUCAAUAUUAUUAUAUACUUUA